UGCAUUUCCAAAUAUGUGCCAUGUUGUUCUUUUAAAGGUCUUAUUAUGAAAUUGUUUGAUUUUAAAAGUAGAUUAAUUCUACCUACCGUUUUUAUCUUAAAGAGGCUAAUUUAGGCUUUGAUUUGAUUUUAUGUCAUUUCAAAGAGGUAGAAAAUAUGCUUACACAUUAUCCAGUUGGUAAAGUGACAGAGCUGGUUUUCGGUCCUAUAAAUAGGCUAAUAAAACAAAGACAGUACUGUGUAGGAUCUGACAGAGUGGAUAACAAAGGUUUUACUGUGUUGUACUGUUCUACUUUUAGGAAGAAAGUGAGAACAUAAUUCCACCAUGAGUUUGUCUCAAGAAAAAGAGAGAGCGCUUUUAUCUCCAAAUGACAACAAGGACAGACCUGAGAGGCCUGAUCGAGAAAGAUGUCCAUCCCCAAGCUCCCUGUCCAUAAAAAGCGAAAGGUCUAUGGAUUAUCCUUUAAAGUUCAAACAGUCUGACCAAGGACGAUAUCCCUCCCCAAGCUCUGUGUCCAUAAAAAGUGAAAAAUCAAUGGAUUAUCCUCUGAAGUUCAAACAGUCUGACGUGGAUGGAUGUGUAUCCCCAAGCUGUGUGUCCAUAAAAAGUGACAAAUCUAUGGAUUAUCCUCUAAAGUUUAAACAGUCUGACCAGAACAGAUGUCCAUCCCCAAGCGGUUUGUCCAUAAAAAGUAACAAAUCUAUGGAUUAUCCUCUUAAGUUCAAAGAGUCUGACGUGGGAGGAUAUACAUCCCCAAGCUGUGUUUCCAUAAAGAGCGACAAAUCUAUGGAUUAUCCUCUAAAGUUUGAACAGUCUGACCAAAAAAGAUGUCCGUCCCCAAACUGUUUGUCUGUCAAAAGUAACAAAUCUAUGGAUUAUCCUCUUAAGUUCAAACAAAGCUACCAACAACCAUCAGAGCGUUUAACAGUUAGUCAACAACAACUGGAUUCAGUUCUCACGAUGCUUGAGGAGAACAUUGUUGAAUUUAUAAGAAAACAGCUGAAGACGUUCCAAAGCCUUUCACAAAAUUACAAAGAAACCAGACAGAGCCAGGGGGGAGAUGCAGGUGAGAAGAGGAGCAGCAAAGACGCUUUUCUAAGCAUCAUUCUGAAGUUUCUAAGGAGGAUGGAGGACAUGGAGGUCGUCCACUCUCUGCUGAACAGUCUCCUCAUAUGUCGGUGUGAGGUGAAGGAAAAUGAUGACAUAAAACCAACACCAGAUAGGUCUGAACAGGGAAACAUAAAGCCUAUCCAUUAUCCAGCUGGGUUCAAACAAGAUCAUCAGAACCCAUCAGAGGACUUCAAAACCAACCAAACAACCCUCAGCUCAGUAUUUCAGAUUCUUGAAGAGGAUAUUAUUAAUUUUGCCAAGAAUGAGCUGAAGAUUUACCAUAAGAUUUUAAACUCAGAUUGCCCUGAAUCCUUUGAGAACCAAGAGGUAGAGGAGGUUAUUUAUGAAGAUGAGGAAGAAAGGAAAAACAUGAAGAAGGCGUUUUUGGAAAUUUCUCUAGAAUUUAUGAGAAACAUGAAGCAAGAAGAUCUUGGUCAAGUCCUGCUGAACAGGAGUGUGGUAACCAUGUGUCAGCAUACACUUAAAUCUAACCUGAAGAGCAGGUUUGCCUACAUGUUUGAAGGAAUAAACACAGAUGGAAACCCAACACUUCUCAACCAGAUCUACACCGAGCUUUAUAUCACUGAAGGAAACCCUGCAGAGGUUCACAGUAAACAUGAGGUGAAGCUGAUUGAAAGAGCGUUUUUGAAACCAACCAAACCAGAAAUAACGAUUAGACGUGAGGACAUCUUCAAACCCUCCACAGUGAAAGAUAAACCAAUCCGAACAGUGAUGACAGAGGGAGUGGCCGGCAUUGGGAAAACAGUCUUGACCAAGAAGUUUGUAUUGGACUGGGCAGAAGGCAAAAUUUACCAAAAGUUCCAGUUCAUGUUUCCAUUAACUUUUAGAGAAUUAAACAUAUUGAUGAGGAAAAAGCUUAGUUUGGUUGAACUUAUUCACCUUUUCUUUCCUGAAAUCAAAGAAGCAGGAAUCAACAGCUUUGAAGACUUUAGAGUGUUGUUCAUUUUUGAUGGUCUGGAUGAGUGUCGACUUCCUCUGAACCUGAAAACCGAGGAGAUCCUGACUGAUCCUGCAGAACCCGCAUCAUUAGAAGUUAUGCUGACAAACCUUAUCCGGGGGAAGUUACUUCCCUCAGCUCACAUCUGGAUCACAACUCGGCCUGCAGCGGCACAUCAGAUCCCGCCUGAGUUUGUUGACCUGGUGACCGAAGUCAGAGGAUUCAACGACCCUCAGAAGGAGGAGUACUUCAGAAAGAGAUACAGUGAAGAAGAGGAGAGCAGGAGGAUCAUUUCUCACAUCAAAGCAUCAAGAAGCAUCUUCAUCAUGUGUCACAUCCCUGUCUUCUGCUGGAUCUCGGCUACCGUUCUAGAGGAUGCAUUUAAAACCAAGGAGAAAAGAGACUUACCCAAGUCCCUGACAGAGAUGUACGUCUCCUUCCUGGCGGUUUUAUCCAAAGUAAAAAAUCUCAAAUAUGAUCAAAGAACAGACACAGAUCCUCUCUGGACUGAGGAGACCAGGGAUGUGAUUCAGUCUCUGGGGAAACUGGCAUUUGAUCAACUAAUGAAAGGAAACCUGUUCUUCUAUGAAUCUGACCUGACGGAGUGUGGCAUCGAUGUCAUAGCCGCCUCAGUUUAUUCAGGAUUGUUCACGGAGAUCUUUCUGGAGGAGAAAGGGCUCUUUCAUGAGAACGUUUUCUGCUUUGUCCACCUGAGCAUUCAGGAGUUUCUGGCUGCUCUUCAUGUCUAUCUGACAUUCACCAACACUGGAGUCAAUCUACUGUCAGGAGACACUUCACCUUCUACCACCUUUGAGGAUUUAUACCAGUGUGCUGUGGAAAAAGCUUUACAGAGCCCAAAUGGACAUCUGGAUCUGUUCCUUCGGUUCCUCGUGGGUCUCUCACUGAAAACCAAUCAGACGUUCCUGGAAGGCCUCAUUACAGUAAAAGAAACGGGAAGCAGCUCCAUAGAGCACACCGUCCAGUACAUCAAGAAGAAGAUUGGAGAGAACGUUUGCAUUUUGAAGAACAACAACUUGUUUCAUUGCCUAAAUGAGCUAAAAGACUGUUCACUAAUGGAAGAGAUCCAAGCCUACCUAAGACCAGGGAGGCUACCAGCAGACAAACUGACGCCUGCUAAGUGGGCAGCAUUGGUCAACAUUAUAUUGUCAUCAGAGCAAAAGUUGGAGACAUUUUAUCUGAAAAAGUACUUUGAAUCAGACAAGGCUUUACUGGGCCUUGUAACAGUGGUCAUAAAUUCCACCAGGGCAGAGAUGAGUUCCUGUAAUCUCACCGAAAUUGGCUGUGAUGGUUUAGCCUCUGCUCUCCAGUCCAAAUGUCUAGUUCUGACGGAAUUGGAUCUCAGUAACAACGACCUGAAAGAUUCAGGAGUGAAGCUGAUCUGUGAAGGCCUGAGCGUUCCUCACUGCACGCUGGAAACUCUCAGCUUGUCAGGCUGCCUCAUCACAAAGGAAGGGUGUUUAGAACUGGCUUCCGCUUUAAAGUCCAAUCCCAACCACUUGAAAAUCUUGGAUGUGAGCUACAACCAUCCAGAAGAAUCUGGAGUGAAAAAUCUUUCUGCAGCACAAAAGGACCCACAGGUUGCAUUGCAAACUCUCCGGAUCGAGCCGAAUGGGUCAAAGUUCCUAAAACCUGGUCUGAUGAAGUACGCCUGUGAACUCAUGCUGGACCCGAACACUGCUCACAAGAACCUUAUAUUGUCCGAUAACAACAGAAAAGUGACGAUGGGAGGAGAGAAGCAGCCAUAUCCUGAUCAUCCACAGAGGUUUGAUGUCUUGGAACAGCUGCUGUGUACAGAAGGCCUUACAAGUCGCUGUUACUGGGAGAUUGAGUGGAGAGGAAGAGUUUACAUUUCAGCAACAUACAAGAAAAUCAAAAGGAAAGGAGAAAGUGACGAGUGCAGCCUUGGAGGGAAUGAUGAAUCCUGGAGCUUGCUGUGCUCUGAUGAUGGUCACUCUGGCCUGCAUGAAAACAAAAUAACUCCCAUCCAAGGAGCUCCUUCAAACAGAGUAGGAGUCUACCUGGACUGGCCUGGUGGCAGUUUGACCUUCUUCGGUGUGAUGUCUGGCAGAGUCACCCACCUUCAGACGUACCACACCAGAUUUACAGAGCCCGUGUUCCCAGCUUUCAGGAUCUCCACUGAGCCGCCAAAUUCAUCUUUGUUUUUUAGCAUUUAGCAGAACAUAUAAGGUCACACGCUCGUUAUUGAAUAUGGAAGGAUAUUGCUUUUGUGGCAAAUUAUGUAACAGAGGGCCCAGGCGGGAUUCAAUUCCAUAGUCUAUAAUGAAAGACAUGUUCCCUUAUAUUGAAAAGUAUAUAUAUUCCUUUGCUAAUUAGCCAGGAUGCACGAGGCAUAAUGACAGGACUCCACACUGUCACACUUUCACGUGAUAAUUUUUACAAAUAUAAAUGUUCUGUUUUCUGAAUUAACAAAAUACUUAAAAAAAAUAGAUAUCAACUUUUCCGAAUGAACACAGCAACAAAGUAAGCAAAUAUUAUAUAGUGAAGAGAAAAGCUUGUAGGCAAACAACCGUGCCAUGAGAAGUGCCCAGUGAGCAAGUCGACAAAAUAAUAGUGAUUGCAUCUACAUAACUAAUUCAAUCUGAAAAACUCACAUGAAGAGAAAAGACAAUUAGAAGAAAUUUAUUGACACAAUUACGCUUUGGCACUCAGACCUCGGCAGAAAACAUAGAGCUUAAUUUUUAUCGAUAUGGAUGAACAGGAGCAAAGAAUAAGGCUUAAACUGAUGGUGGAGUGGAGAUAGAUGAAGUUGGUCAGUCUAUAGACUGCUGGCUAGACUUUAUGCUGAGCUUUAUGGGGAGAUCCAGUGGACUGAGUGAGCUGAUACUAGAGCUUCACUCAGGGACCUGGAAGAUGGAAGUCCAGCUUGGAUAACACAGGUUCAGAGAACCUGUCCAUGAUGAGCAAGCAUGAGCGACAGUGGAGAGGAAAAACUCCCUGUUCAGAAGAAACCUCUGGCAGAACCAGGCUCAACAUGGCGGUCUUCUGCCAGACCAGUUAGAAGAGACAUGAAAUGCUUUAGCGGUAAUGCUUUAGCUGCAAUGAUGGAGGAGGAGCUGGAGCUGGUUGAAACGGAUCAUCCGAAUGAAGUCAGACACCACAUCCGCCACCUGCGCACUUAGAAGCAGACCAUCAGAUCGGAGGCCUUUAAAGAUGGACUUGGAUACUGAUUGGCUUUGGUGGAGGUGUGGUUCAAAGCUGAUUGAGUCACAGGUGAUAUAGCAGAGCAAUUAGUUUCUUUAGUUGAACUUCUGCCUAGGCUCCAAAACACAGAUUAAUUACCAGUUUAAUUAAUCCCAAUUAUGUAUUUCUUGUUUACCCUCUGUUGCCCCCUUGUGUCAGUCUCCUUCUCUAGCUUUCUUCUAGAUUCUUCCAUCCACACUGGCACCUCAUCUGCUGAUUAGCCCAGCUCUUGUGCAUUGCUGGUUUCUGUUCAUUCCUUUGCUCCUCAUGUAUGUUUUCCCUGACACCCCCCCUUUUGGUUUUUGCUUCUGCUGCUUUUUGGAUCUGCAUUAAAUCUUGAAGAAUCCACUUCAGCUUCCAUCUCUAAAAACUCUCAGACAACCUGACACUGACGGAAAGACGCCUCUUGCUUAGAAAUCUGCAAUCUCCAACAGUAACAAAACAUCUGAUAUAAAAUCACAGCAGCAUUGGGUUAAUUCAGAAAAACAGAACUUUUAAAAAUGUGUUUUAAAUAGUUAAUUCUCAGAAAUUUAAUGUUUUUAUAUAUAUUUGUAAAUAUUAUCUCAUUAAUUCAGAAAAGUAAACCCAUUUCUUUUUUUUUCCUUGGUGAAUGCAAUAUGCUUCUGUAAUUUAAACCGCAUUUACUUUUUUGUCACAUUUUGUAAUAUAAAGUAGAAAUAUUUGAUGAAUGUAAAACUGCUUUAUUAUUAAUGUGUAUCAAUUAUAAUAUAUGUAACUGGCAACCAUAUUUGGACAUAGCUGUCAUGGUGAAAAUAAUCCUAAACUAGAUUGAACAUGUUUAGAUUUUAUUUUAGUGUUUUGUGGCAGUGCUGCUUGCAUGAAAGUUACAGAAACAUGAAAAUAAUAAUGAACUGGAUAAAAGGUUCAUCAUUUAAAUGUUUUUCUUUCAGACAAAAUAUUUUGUUUGUUUAAACAAAGCAAUUUACUGUUAAAAUAAUCUGUUGGCUUUAGAUCUGUGAAUUGAUGUACAAAUUGCAGAAAACAAGCGAUUAAAGACGGUCCAGAGAUUUACUUAUCAAAAAAAAUUAAAGAUUU